AUGGAAGCCGAAAUUCAGGCUCAAAUUCCUCACAUUGACCCUGUCCUUUCAGAAUACUCUGUGGGAUAUCUCAAUCAUGCUUCGAAGCUCUACUUCUCUGAAGACGAGCCUUCUGGCCAGUCUCCCCAAGCGGAAGCGCUUGAUACCAUAACUGCUCUACUAGUGUCCGCCUCAGGGGACUUUUCCGAGCAGAAUGAAGCCUCUAUCAGAAAUCUGGUGGAGAAAUUCCUCUCGAGGUUAAAUGACGCAAAUGGCGUUGACCCGGAGAGACAGCAGAUGCCUUUCACAGCGAAGAAGCUUGAGCAAACGAUCCAGGUGAGCUCGCAGCGGAACAUCUCUUCUACUCUGGGUUUGACCAGUGGAGGAGUCGACCUGGAGGCUGCCAAUUCUCGAAAGGUGGAAUCCAAGGUGGACAAGAAGAAACUCGAAAAGGCCGAGCGGAAGAUCCGUGCAAAGCAAGAUAAGAAGACCAUGAAAAAUGUCGAAUAUGAGGCCUCGCGGUUACUGGAGCAGCCAGACAGCACUCAGUCUUAUGAGGAGUUCUUCAUGGCAAUCAACCCUCUUCAAUUAGGAGCCGAUGCCCAAUCAAAGAGCAAAGACAUCAAGAUCGACGGCAUUGACAUUGCUAUUGGUGGACAACGCAUUCUCACCGACGCAUCUCUCACGCUUGCCUAUGGUCGAAGGUACGGUCUUGUCGGUCGGAACGGUAUCGGUAAAUCAACGCUACUGCGUGCGUUGAGUCGGCGUGAAGUGGCGAUCCCAACUCACAUAUCCAUUCUUCACGUGGAACAGGAGAUCAUGGGAGACGACACACCGGCUUUGCAGGCAGUCCUUGAUGCAGACGUUUGGCGAAAGCAUCUUCUAGCCGAACAGGAAAAGAUAAGCAAACAGCUCACUGCGUUGGAGGCGGAACGAUCGAAGUUGGCAGACACAUCUCAGGAUGCAGCUCGCAUCGAUCUGGAAAAGGACGGCCUUGACACGACCUUGGGAGACAUCCAGGCCAAACUCAGUGAAAUGGAAUCUGACAAGGCAGAAUCCCGCGCCGCGAGCAUCUUGGCCGGCUUGGGAUUCUCGCCUGAGCGCCAACAAUAUGCCACCAAGACAUUCUCCGGUGGUUGGAGAAUGCGAUUGGCCCUGGCUAGGGCGUUGUUCUGUGAGCCCGAUCUGCUGCUGCUCGAUGAACCUUCCAACAUGUUGGAUGUGCCGUCGAUCACCUUCUUGGCCAACUAUCUGCAAACCUAUCCCAGUACGGUCCUGGUCGUCUCCCACGAUCGUGCAUUCCUCAACGAGGUUGCCACAGACAUCAUUCAUCAACAUUCUGAACGGCUGGAUUAUUACAAGGGAGCCAACUUCGAUUCAUUCUACGCCACCAAAGAAGAGCGAAAGAAGACUGCCAAACGUGAAUACGAGAACCAAAUGGUCCAGCGAGCCCAUCUCCAGGCUUUUAUCGACAAAUUCAGAUACAAUGCCGCCAAAUCGUCCGAGGCGCAAUCUCGGAUCAAGAAGCUCGAGAAGAUGCCAAUCCUCGAGGCACCCGAGGCCGAGUAUACCGUUCAGUUCAAAUUUCCCGACGUGGAGAAGCUAUCGCCUCCCAUCAUCCAAAUGUCCAAUGUUGCAUUUGGCUACACCCCAGAUAAACCUCUGCUACGGAACGUCGACCUGGAUGUCCAGCUGGACUCGAGGAUCGGGAUUGUGGGUCCCAACGGAGCCGGUAAGACUACCGUCUUGAAGCUGCUGAUCGGACAGCUUCAGCCCUCGUCGGGAUUGAUCAGUCAAAAUCCUCGUCUCCGGAUUGGGUUCUUUGCGCAGCACCAUGUGGAUGCGCUGGACAUGAAUACAUCGGCGGUGGGCUUCAUGCAAAAGAACUAUCCUGGCAGGACGGACGAAGAAUAUCGUCGCCACCUGGGUGCUUUCGGCAUCACGGGGAUGACGGGCCUGCAAAAGCUCGAAUUGCUGUCUGGAGGUCAAAAGUCCCGGGUUGCGUUUGCCUGUUUGUCAUUGACCAAUCCACAUAUCCUGGUGCUUGAUGAACCGUCCAAUCACUUGGAUAUUGAGGCAAUGGAUGCCCUGUCGACGGCUUUGCAGCAGUUCCAGGGAGGUGUAUUGAUGGUCAGCCACGAUGUGACCAUGCUGCAGAACGUGUGCACCAGUCUGUGGGUGUGUGACAAGGGCACAGUCGAGAAGUUCCCCGGCGAUGUCAAUGCAUACAAGAAGAAGAUCACUGCGCAAGCAAAUGAGGCGGGCGUUGUGCAAGCCCAUUAA